AUGUUGCCAGCAGUAUGUUCACAGUCUUUGCUUUCUUGGAGGAGGGAACGUAGGGUGUUCUUUCACCUUAUAGAUGUGGCGGCUUAUGCCAAAAAUUAUGCAAAUCAACGCAUCGGUGACUGUAGCCUCGUGCAUUCGAAGGGGUCUUAUGGAGAGAACAUAGCUUGGGGUAGCGGUGAUCUUUCAGGCACCGAAGCUGUAAAACUAUGGGUUGAUGAAAAGCCAUUUUACAAUUAUAACUCUAAUAGUUGUGCUGCUGUGUGUGGGCAUUACAUUCAGGUGGUUUGGCGUAAGUCAGUUCGCAUAGGAUGUGCGAAGGUGAGGUGCAAUAAUGGAGGAACUUUCAUUACUUGCAACUAUGAUCCUCCUGGCAACUACAUUGGGGAGCGUCCUUAUUAA